AUGUCGAGAAAGUCUGGGGAGGGGAUGGUGAGGAGGGGAGUGGAUAUGUGCUGUGUGCAGGAGUCAAGGUGGAAGGGAGGUAGUGCAAGGUGGCUUGGUAGGAGGGGUGAGCGGUAUAAGUUCUUCUGGAUGGGCACUGAUGACGGGAGCGGAGGUGUCGGGAUGUUGCUGGCAGAACGGUGGGUUUACCAGGUGAUGGCGGUUCAGCGAGUCAGUGAACGGAUCCUGUUGGUGAAGCUACUGGUCGGGAGGAGAGUGGUCAACGUUAUCUCGGCCUAUGCCCCACAGGUCGGGAGGUCACAGGAAGAGAAGGAUUCCUUCUGGGAUCAGAUGGUUAGGGUAGUCUCGAGGCUGCCACAGAGAGAGGGUGUCAUUGUGGGAGGUGAUCUCAAUGGCCAUGUGGGUGCGGCUGCAGAUGGUUAUGAUGGCGUGCAUGGAGGCAUGGGUUAUGGUGACAGGAAUGUCGCGGGUGAGCGGAUCCUCAAGUUUGGUGACGCGGUCGGGCUGGUGAUAUGCAACACAUUCUUCAGGAAGACCUCCAACCAGCUGGUGACGUACAGUUCCAGUGGAAGCAAUAGUGCUAUCGACUUCCUGAUGGUCAGGAAAGGGGACCACACCAUGGUGAAGAAUGUCAAGGUCAUCGCAAGAGAAGAGUGUGUUUCACAGCACCGUCUUGUCGUUGGUGACCUGGCUCUGGCUCUGGUUGGUGCUAGGAAGGUGAAGAAGAAGCAAGUGCCGAGAUUGCGAGUGUGGCGGUUAACCAAGGAGGAUGUGAGCGAGAGGUUUAGAGCAAGGGUGGAGGAAUUGGCAGAGCAGGCUGUGAUGGAGGAGAGUGUGGAUAGUAGGUGGUCUGUGCCAAGGAAUAUCUGGUUGCAAGCUGCAGAAGAGGUCUGUGGGUGGACGAAGGGUGAGCCUAGGCACAAGGAGUCAUGGUGGUGGACCGAAGAGGUCAGGAAUGCAGUUGAUGAGAAGAGGCGCCGCUUUAAUAUAUGGAAGUCAUCGGGCGAGAAGACGGAUAGGUUAGCGUACCUCGAGGCAAAGCGGAUAUCACGGAGACAGGUGUGGAUGGCACAAGAUGCCAAGAGAAGGGAGUUUGCAGCGGAUCUACGGAGUGGUGAGGGUAGGAGGCAGUUCUUUAAGAUUGCCAAGCAGAUGGCAAAGGAGCGGCAGGAUGUGACUGGUGCGAGCUGUGUCAAGGAUGAGGAUGGUAACAUCGUGACGGAUAUUGAAGAAUGGGAGGUGGCUCAGGCACUGAAGCACACCAAGUCUGGGAAGGCCGCUGGUCCAUCUGGAGUGGUUAGUGAGAUGAUGAAGGCCUCUGCAGGUGUCAGUGUACAGUGGAUGACGGCCUUGUGCAAUUCCAUUUUGGCAGAAGGCCGUAUUCCCACAGAUUGGCAGAACAGCAUCUUGGUUCCCCUGUUCAAGGGCAAGGGUGACCCUUUAGAGUGUGGCUCUUUAAGGGCCAUCAAGCUCCUGGAGCAGGCAAUGAAGGUGUGGGAGAGAGUGCUUGAGGUACGUCUGAGGAUGCAGGUGGAGAUUGACGAGAUGCAGUUCGGCUUUAUGCCGGGUAGAGGAACUACUGACGCCAUUUUCAUUGUACGACAGCUGUAG